UAUCUGUGGGUAUGGACGAGGAGGCAUGGUAUAAUUUUUGAAAAGAUGUAAUGCUUUUUGGAUUUUGUACAAUCCACCCUUCUAUUUAUUUAUGUAUCUAUCCAUGAUCAAGUACUACUUUACUAUACUACUUUACACAUGUCUAUCUAUUUGUUUUUGAUUGCGACGCGGCACCGUGAAUUUUAAAUCAAUACCUAUUAGGUCGACGAUGAUUUAUAACCAUGAACAAAAUAUGUUCACGAUUGUAAUUGUUCUAAACGAAAUUAGUAUUUUUUCUAUGAAUGAAAGAAUGCAUCAUCACUAGGUAUUAAAAAUGUACGAUACAUUUUAUGGACAAUCUGUGUCUUAUCAUUUCUCGACUGUCCAAUUCCAUACGAUGAAUUGAUCGGCGUUUGUAAUCCCCGCAAUUUUUAACCGGUAUAUUUGAACCGUAAUGGUUACCACAUUAUCACUUAGAUUAUAACCGUUUGUGUGAAAUAGAAAUUAAGAGAACUACAGAUCGUCUGCACCUCAUUGUAGUAAUUAAUAAUCAGUAAAAUUAUUUCAUUUUUAUUAGAAUAUUACUUUUACCGUGAAUUAUGUCUGGUAGUCAAACCACUCUGCUCUUCAACAGAGAUUCCGCCGGCGAAGUCGACGACUCAGAGCUCAUUAAUAAUUAUGACAAACAGUAUGAAAAAGUGAAAAAAAAGGCCAAGGCAAAGCUACCACCUAUUGAUUCAAUGUCAGAGUUGAGUUUAAGUGGCCCGGAAAUCCAUGAAACUCCUGUAAAAAACAAAGAAAAAAAAAAAAUCAAUAUCAACCAGAGCUAUCAUACUGAAUCGGCAAAAUCUGAUGUGGAUACAUCAUUCAUUUUUCCACCGCCACCACCUCCACCUGAUAGCAUAAAAAAUUUGCCUAAAACUGAAAGAGAAGCACUUACAUCAAUGCUUAUGUCAUAUUAUAUGAGUGGAUUUCAUACUGGAUAUUACCUUGGAAUGAAACAAAAUAAUUCUGAAAAAUGAAGUUGUACCCAGCAUAUUUAUUUAUUUAACAUACAAAAAACUUGAACAACAUGUUAAUAAUUAACACUGUAUAUAUCAAUGUAGGUCUUUAUGCUUUUGAAUUAAAUUAUAAAUUAUUGUAAAAAAUGUUAUUUUAUUAAAUAAUUAUUAAAAAUAGCAAGUUUCAAG